UAAUGCUCAUUGCGCAUAAAAUCUUCGGCGGAGCGACGGUCACACAACUUUUGAGAUAGGACAUGUCCUUCACGAAUUGCCAUGAAAUGGCGCUAAAUAAGGGCAUCUAAGUAAAAAGAAGAUGCUUGGAGUAUUGGAGAACAUCUCUUGACAAUCCUAAACCGAGACAUGGCAAUUUGGGCCUUACUAGGACUAUUUGUUUCGGGUAUAAUACACGAGUUUGGCUUCGUUCUUGCUUCCAAGCCGCUGUAUACAAAUACUUGGGUUAUCUAUACAGACAAGGGACAAGAAUAUGUGGAUAAUUUAGCAGCAAAACACGGCUUUAAAAGCCACAGAGAUGGCGGUGGACUAGAAGGGUUUUAUAUUUUAGAGCAUCAAAGAACUAGUAAGCGAAUGCGACGUAGCUUAGUCCACCAUUCUACUAACUUUUUAAGAGAUCCUCACGUUUCCUACGCCAAGCAACAGAAAAUUCUACGGCGUCAGAAGAGAGGAUUUGUAGAUCCGUUAUUUAAUGACCAGUGGUAUCUUAAUAAUUAUGGACAAACACCUGGUCCCAAAGGCCUGGACAUCAAUGUUCUUCCUGUCUGGAGAAAGAAUAUUACUGGUAAAAAUGUAGUGGUGACGAUACUGGAUGAUGGAAUAGAAUACACCCAUCCUGACCUCCAACAGAACUAUGACAAGGAAGCAAGCUACGACUACAAUCAUUAUGACUCGGACCCUUUUCCCAGAUACAGUCCGGAUAAUAUCAAUAAACAUGGGACAAGGUGUGCCGGUGAGGUAGCCGCUAUCAAGAAUACCCAUUGUGGCGUGGGCGUGGCCUACAAUGCCCGCAUUGGGGGUAUUCGCAUGUUGGAUGGUGAUGUCACAGAUAUUGUUGAGGGCAAGUCCCUAUCUCUCAAGACUGGAUACAUUGAUAUCUAUAGCAGCAGUUGGGGGCCAGAUGACGAUGGUCGGACGGUUGAUGGGCCAGGUCCAAUGGCCAAACGAGCAUUUAGAGAUGGUAUCAAGAAGGGACGUCGUGGCUUGGGCUCUAUAUUUGUUUGGGCUACCGGUAAUGGCGGCCGAUAUAACGACUACUGUAACUGCGACGGCUACAUCACCAGUAUCUACACCAUCUCUAUCGGCGCCAUCAACGACAAGGGCAAGUCACCCUGGUAUGCUGAGAACUGUCCCUCUACUCUCGGCGUCACCUAUAGCAGUGGUCAGACGAACGGACCUGAUCUCCAGAUAGUUACCACCGACCUUCAUCAUAAAUGCACCAAGGAACACACCGGGACCUCGGCCGCUGCUCCUCUUGCUGCUGGAAUCUUUGCGCUGGUGCUCGAAGCAAACCCCAAACUGACGUGGCGCGACUUACAACACCUAGUGGUGAACACGUCAAAGAAGACCGAUGCCGGCGACUCUGAAUGGAUCACGAACGGGGCGGGGCACCAUGUCAACAACAAGUACGGCUUCGGGGUCCUAGAUUCCGCCGCGCUGGUCGAGCUUGCCCAGAGCCCCAAAUGGCGGACCGCAGAGGAGCAACACGUUUGUCGUGAGCCAGGGUCUUCCUCUUCGCAGGAAAUCCCGAAAAAUGGCGAGUUGACAUUGACACUGGAUGCCACGGGCUGUAGCGGGAAAUCGAAUUGCGUGACGCGCUUAGAGCACGUGCGUGUGUAUGUCACGCUAAGGCAUGACCGGCGAGGAGCGAUCAGCAUCGUGUUGAUCUCGCCGAGUGGGACUCGCUCGGAUCUUCUCAAGCAGCGCAGCAAGGAUUUCUCCAAUAACGGAUUCAAGAACUGGCCUUUCAUGACUGUGUUCUCGUGGAACGAGAAUCCCGUGGGAAAGUGGAAGCUUGUUGUGCGGAACCACGCUAGUACCGCUGGAACGUUCGAUCGCUGGUUCAUCAAGUUCUUCGGCACGUGUCAACGGCCGCGCAAGAAUAUCACGGCGUCUGAAGUAGCAACAUGCUCUAGCCACUGCAAGAAAGGGUGCCCGGUGACUUUCUCCUCCGUUUGUAGUAACUGCUCGCAGUACUGUCACUGCGAGACGGGCAAGUGUGUGCCGUAUUGUAAUGAAAAUGAUCGCGUCGACGAAGCAUUUAAACAAUGUCACACGGACGAUAAAUUUAUUCCAAAGAAUCCCAAGGACGGACACGACGAUAAUGGAGACUCCGGUACUCCUGAACUGUCUACGUUCGUGAAAUGGCUCAUAAUCUUCAGCCUCCUCGCCAUCUUAUUGGCCACCGUCCUUGUAAUGUACCUUUGCAAAAUCAGCGGAAAAUGCUGCUGGGCGCGCCCGCGUAAGGAACGUGCGCCGGUUCAGCGGCACGUCGUCUAUGCCCCAGUCUCUCUCAGCCCCGAUAUCCAUAACAAUGGGCUCCAGGAGUCAGGUAGUUUGAAGAUGUAGCGGCGUCACGCGCAUAGCGGCAUUUAUAUUUAUUUUGUACUUUUAUACGCCAGGGUGAGCUUGUAUACUGAUUUAUUAGACACUCGGAGAUCGUUCUCUAUACUUAGUGAAGGACGAUUUCCGCGUGCCACAUAAAUAUAUAUCCGACUUGCCUAAAACGUUGCUUAAACGGCCCGCGUCACGCAUGUCUAACACUGCGUCACGCAAGUCUAACACUACAUCACGCGAGUCUAACAUUGCGUCACGCAAGUCUAACACUAUAUCAGUUAAAGCCGCAUUGUCACCAGUUUACUUCUGGUCGAUUACUUAACAAUCUCCGAUGAUUUUUAACGGAAAACGCGAAAAAUAUUUCAAAAUAUUGAAAAGCAGUGUGUCUAUUGGGAGUAAUAAUUUAGAGCGGAUGGUCUGUUUAAUAUAUCGGAUUCUAAUAGAUUCUUUUGUCUUUUGACGGUUGAGGUUUCCGUCGGACCUCCGGAAGUAAACUGGUGACAAUGCGGCUUUAAGUCUUUAGUCUUUCAGUAACAAUUGGCAGAUUUAUUAUUUUUACUCAAACCGAAAGUAACUUGACAAUUGAGUACAUGAUUCGGUCCUUGCAGACUUGAUAUCUUUCAAAUUGUUGAUGUUUUGAAUCGUGUACCACACAGAUCGCGAAGAAAUCACCAUCCUACUUUCUGUCCCCAAAUUGUGGUGGUUCUUGCAUCUCUCCCGUCCAAGAAAAUCGAAAUUGAUACAGAACCAUUCACUCGCGUACGACGUUUUCUCUAUUGUGCUCUGACAACAUUCGUUUAUUGGUUGACUUCUCUAUUGCGUUUUUGUUAGAUGUAUAGGUCUUGAAUAGCUUAUGUCAGCCGCCAUCUUGGUAUCCAAGCAAUGACCCAAGUAUGAAAGGGCGACCAUUUUCUACUGCUGAUUCGUGGAAGCCAAAGUGUGGUUGACAAGUGCUCUUUAAUACUGUACAAUCCUGUCAUAAAUUGUAAAUAAUGUAUAAUUAAGAGAGGAAUGUCUCGAGAAUGCUAUAGCUAAUUUGUAUGAAGAGUUUUAACUGCUGGCCAGAAAUUUUACACAGUGCUGCUCUAGAAAAAAAUAUUUAUUGACUUAUAUUACUCCAAUGACAUAAUUUUUUUUAUAAACAAAAUAAGGGGAUUUCCUGAGGAUUCUUUUACACGGUUAUAAAUUUGAACUUUCAAGUAAUAAACACGACUAUAACCUA